AUGAACUUUGUCUCUGUUCCUCUUUCCAAAGGAAAGCAGGACCUCUGGUUUUGUCUCGUUAUGAACUUUAUAAACUAAGUGUGAAUCUUUUCAUCUGGUUUAAAUUAAAACGGAGAAGGUGUGUUUUUUUUCUUCCGUUUGAUGGCAGGACAGGUGAGUUAAUGCUGGCGUUUGAUACUAAAUGGCUGCUGUAAAGGGAAGUGUUAUGAUUUGAAAACAAAACUUCCUUAUGGGUAUUUUUUGCCCACUUUUUUGUGCAUUUUUUUUCUCUCUCGACACAGGAAAUGAGGGAAAUUAUUUGCGUUUAUUAUCUGAGACAUCUUCAGGGUGUAGUCUAGAAGGAAAUAGGCUGGGAGCUGCAGUCAGCCAGGCGGUAUGCAUCGCAGCGGCUCGGAACCAGCCGCCCCCGAACCGACACCCAGACAGGGCUCCAUUGUGGAGCGGCUGUCUCGGUAUGGCAUGCAGGUCAUGCCCGCAGCCUCCCCGCGUAGGUCGAGGCUGCAGAGGCAGCAAGAAGUCACCGACGGCUCCGCUCCGGACAGAGAGUCCGUCCCGCCGGUUCUGCGUAGAAAGUACCUGAAGGAGCUUCUGCUGAGCCGGGCGUCCAGCAGCGCAGCGGGCAGCGGGUUGCUGCAGAGCCUCUCCCCGGACCAGGAGGACUCGGACUGGGCUCUGUAUCCCAUGGAGCACGCCUGGAUGCUGCGGGCGGUGGAGGGGAACUACGAAACCAUCCUGGACUUCAUCUCCGAGGACCCGCAGCUGCUGACCCGGCGGGACUUCAUCAGCGGAUACUCGGUGCUGCAUUGGCUGGCCAAGGGAGGACGGGACGAGGUCCUACUGAAGCUGCUGCGGUUCGCGGAGCGUGCGGGCUUUGCGGUGAACGUGAACCUGCGGGGCAGCGGCGGGCUGACCCCGCUGCACGUCGCCAGCAUGCAGGGCCAGUUCGCGGUCAUCAAGCUGCUGGUCGGGGCUUUCGGCGCCAACGUGGACGCGAUGGACUACAACGGGAAGCGGCCGUGGCAGUACCUGCGGGAGGACGCGCCGGUGGAGAUGAAGGAGCUGCUGGGCACCUGGGACGAGGAGCACAGCUGCGGCUGUGCGCAAAACUUCAACAAGAACGUCAACAACAACUGCGCUGGAUCAGCGAGCGAGGCCGCAUGCGAUGAGGCGGAUGGCCAAGAGCCUGAAGAAAUGAGUUACUUUGACAGAGCCAAGAGAGGCAGCUGGAGGUUCGAGUCUCUAAGGAAACUGAAAUCCUCCUUUUCAUUUGUUAGAAGCAAAACUUGAGAUUAUGCCGUACUUUAAAGGGGCAGUGUUCUGUAAAGUCAACCUAUUUUAAGGUUUACAUCAUGUUAUGUUAGUCCCUCAUCAAAAACAAUCCUUUAAACUGCAUGGCAACCACUUAGCUGUGGAAAACACCUGAGUGGACCUAGCCCCGCCUUCGAGACGCAGCUCCACCUCAGUUUCCAAGCGUUUCUCCCAGAGCAAGCCUCCAUCAGUCUGCUCCUUCAGACUAGCCAGCAGCAAUUAGCAAACACCUGGUAGGACUUGUUUUAUGACCUACUUCUCAGUGUGACUCUGGUAAAAAUGUUGUUAGAGGGUUAAUAGAGGAGCCAUGUUUUGACAACUUCCUGAAAAGGGAGUUUCUUAAAGAGCCAGGCCCAUAAUUUCAAGACUUUACAAUGCAAAAUCGAAUAACUUGUCAUUUGAUUUAUACUUGAUUUUUUUACAACUGAAAAUAAGGCCAUUAUCAAAAAAUAAUGGCACCACGUGCCUGGAAAAUAGGCAAUAUUGCCCCUUUAAAUUAUGUGAACAUGCAUGUUUUGGUGAUUGCAUCUUUUCAAACAUGUAAUUUUGAUGAGUUGUUUUUUUUUCCUCUACAUGAUCUUUAGCUUAUAGAAAAAUCAAAUCUAAAAUUUCUACCGAUUCAUUGUUUAUGAACAAAAUUCUAAUGCAUGCUUAAUUGCUGCUAUCAGAUUAGAAAGUACCAAAUCCUGCAUGAUGCGUACAGUCAAUUAAAAUUUACAUUACAGAUCUGCUUUUACAGCAAGUUAGUUACUAUAAGUUUGCUAUGAAUUGUCCUUAAAAUGUGAAGAAAAUCUGCAUGUUGAACAAUUUCACAAUCUCCUUGCUGCUUUCUCAAACACUUAAGAAAUAAAAGUGUGACAGACUUACUCAAUGACAUUUCUUGCUCAUGCCAUUUAAAGUCAGCAGGUUUUGUCAAAACAAAAACAGGAAACGCUUGUAAACGUCCAAAUGGAUCUACUGGGUUUCUGCUGUUCCUAACACUUUUUAUCUGCUGCUAAAUUAAGCAAUUUAAAUAACUGCUGUCACAUUUUAAAUAAAUGCAAACUUUAAAGAAAUAGCAA